AUGGACUAUAUUAAAAAGAAAAUAUAUGGGCCAGAUCCCAAAGAACAAAUGAGAAAGAUCAAUCAAUUACUUCGUAAGAACAAACGAGAACUAGAUAGGUCGAUGAAUCAAUUAGUCCCACUUAGAAAGAAAACAGAGUCAUUAAUCAAAAAAUCUGCCAAAGAUAAAGAUUACAAGUCAGCAAAAUUAUACGCCAGAGAGUUGAUUAAUAUAAAUAAACAAUAUAACAAGCUUUACACAUCAAAAACAAGAAUCGAGUCAAUCACAAUGUCCAUUAAUGAGCAAUAUUCUAUGAAUAAACUUACCCAAUCCAUUCAUUCGUCUACUUCAAUUAUGAAAGACGUCAAUCUGUUAAUUCAUAUUGGGGCAGUGCUGCAUACUAUGCAAGAAUUGUCAAAAGAGCUUAUGAAGGCUGGCAUUAUAAAUGAAAUGAUGGAUGAUAUGGUUGACUUGGAUGAGAUGGAUGAGGAAUUGGAAGAAGUAAAUAAGAUAAUUUCCGAUUUGACAGAGGAUAAAUUUUCUAAAAUUGAAAAUGAGAUACCAAGCAAUGAGUUCAAUGAACAAGUUAUUGAACCACCAGCAGAAGUGGCAGAAGAAGACGAGGAAGACGAAUUGGCAUUAGAUGAAAUGAGAGAAAGAUUAAAGGCGUUGCAGUAG